GCGCGCCCAGGCCGCUGGCGCCCCCUGCAACCUCCCACACCCCACCACGUGUAUCUCCUUGGGUCUGAUGUCGAUGGGAACUACAAACAAUUCUCUAAAGCGAAAUGAUAAAUAUCUUGAAGGAAAAUUCGUUCGACUGCAGAGUGAGCUCAGUACUCAAUAGAGAAGUCAAGAGCUAUGGGAAGCAGUACAUGUUCGAUGACAGCGAGGAGACGUGCUGGAAUUCUGACUCAGGGAUACCCCAAUGGAUCUUGAUCAACUUACAGAGUGAAUGUGAAAUAUCAGAAAUUGAGAUUCAAUUUCAAGGCGGAUUUGCCGGGAAAAACUUCCGUCUGUUGGCUGAAUUUUACCCAGAAGGUUUAAAACACGUUCAGGAUUUUUAUCCCGAAGACACAAACAAAGUUCAACACUUCAAAUUGGAUAAACCCCUCAGGGCCACCGGAUUCAAAAUUAUUUUUGACGAUAGCACCGAUUUUUUCGGCAGGAUUAUUAUCUAUAAACUAGCUCUGUAUUCCAAAAGUUGAAUAAACAAAUUAUUUUCUACAUAUUUAUACAUAAGGUCAUAUGGCCUAAUGUACCAGGAUAGGUGAUAUUAAGUUGGUAAACUCCUUUGUUGAUAUGUUUUUAUUUUUAUUUUAUAAUAGUUAAUAGGUAAAACGUCAUAUUCUCAUCGACAAUCAUAUAAGAUAUUUACAAAUGUAAAUGUCUGAUAUAAAAAUUAGUAAUAUAUGAAAGAAAAA